AUGAGUAAAUAUAUUCUGCCCGUGUCUUUCUUUGGGACCGUGUUUGGCUGCGCUGUUUUACUAAAAAACCAUGUGACAGGUGGCCGAUGUAAGAGUAAAGCUACAAUUCACGGAAAGACAGUGGUUAUUACCGGAGCUAACACCGGCAUCGGCAAAGAGACAGCCCGAGAACUCGCCAAGAGAGGAGGUCGCAUUAUUAUGGGAUGUCGAGACAUGGACAAGUGCGAGGCGGCGGCGAAAGAAAUCAGAGGGAAAACGCUAAAUCCUCAUGUUUACGCUUGCAAGCUAGAUCUGGCGUCUCUGAAGUCCGUUCGGGAGUUUGCGGAACGAAUUCAAAAAGAGAAGCGCGUGGAUAUCUUGGUCAACAAUGCAGGAGUCAUGCGAUGCCCUGAUUGGAAGACGGAAGACGGCUUUGACAUGCAGUUUGGGGUUAAUCAUUUAGGCCACUUCUUGCUGACCAAUCUUCUUUUGGGGAAGUUGAAAGAGUCCAGCCCCAGCAGAGUCGUCAACGUGACCUCGCUCGCUCACGCCGUCGGGAAGAUGGACUUCGAGGAUUUGAACUGGGAGCGCAAGAAGUUUGAUACAAAGCAGGCGUACUGUCAGAGCAAGCUUGCCAACGUUCUGUUCACCAGAGAGCUGGCCAAGCAAUUACAAGGCUCAGGAGUGACGGUGAAUGCUGUCCACCCCGGCAUCGUGGCCACCGAGCUCGGGCGCCACACGGGGCUACACCAGUCCCAGUUCUCCAGCACCGUGCUCAGUCCUUUUUUCUCUCUGUUGAUUAAAAACCCGGAGCUGGGGGCACAACCCAGUGUCUUCCUGGCUGUGUCCGAGGAGAUGGAGGGAGUGACUGGACGCUACUACGAUGUGAUGACGGAGAAGGAGCCGGCGCCUGCAGCCCUGGAUGACCGAGCCGCGCAGACGUUAUGGGAAGCCAGCGUCAGACUGGUGGCUCUGGGAGAGGACACACUGAUGCAGCCGGAGCCAACCAGAUCCACGCUCCAGCCAAGUCCAGAGGAGACCGCAGCUGCCUCGGCGUCCUCCCUGGAAGUACAUUAA